GUACAGUCGAAGAAGUCAUCGUCAAGCUGUUAGUAAACUGUACUGCCUGCUGCAAGUGAGACGGUGUUUGAUUUUACUUUUGUUUCUCAGUUAAUAAUAGCAAAUCGUAGACAAGCAACAUUUAUUGGCUCCAAUCAAAAUAUCCCGUUUAUUGCGAGAAAAGGGUGCUACGCUAACAGUUAGCUAGCUAUCAGUUAAAGGACAGUUGACGUUGAGAACAUAACGUUAUAGUCCCAAAUGUACUACUCAUGGACCGUAUACAAAAAGGUACUACUGCGCUGUUACACAAGAAGGGGUUCUCGUUUUAAUGCACCAAAAGUGGCAAUUACGACUGUAAUGGACUCCGGGUGGUGUACGAGAUGGACAAGUGGAGACGAGCAAUCUGAAAAUAAACUGCAACUCCAUCAUCAUCCAGUCUGAGAUCACCAUUUCAGACUGGUUCUCGUGACCGCUUAACGUUACUGAUUCAAAUCAUGAGAGACAACGAUGUGAAAACGAAAUAAGCAACACAUAACGGAGUUCCCCACAAUGCCCACAUCACUGUCUGCAGAGUGGAGAAGAAGGCAUUUCUUCAACCUUUGCAUCUCAUGUGGCGCUUCAGCAGCAUAGAUCUCCAAUCCUCAAGUGAACACUGUGCACUCACAUGGCUGCAGUGUAGCCAUCCCUGUGGGAAAACCUGCCACUGAGACUGUCUACAUCAAAUGGGAGGUGUGCGUGAGAGGAGGAUUGCAGAGUCUCAUGAACAAAGUCCCCAUGGCUCUGAAAUCUGUGCUCUUAUUGCUGCUGUGGGACCUCCAUUUGUUUAUUUAUGGUGUCACUUCUUUGUGCAAAGUCACCUGCUCAACAGACUACAAUGUCUCAUUGAACUGUUCCUGUGCAGGCUCUGUGCCAACACAUCCUGUCAUCCUAGAAGUCAAGUGCAGUGAUGGACAACUUAAUGUUACUGGCAGCUGUGAAGUAACACCGCUUCAAUCCUGGUGCAUAAUGUAUCCGGAAAUGCUUGAGGACGUUGCAUCCAUUGGAACAAUGUGUACUGCCAGUCAACAAGGUGAUCAUGUAUUAAUGAAUGCCAGUGAGUCAUCCAGCUGGGCAUUGAGUGAUGUUGUGAAACCUCCGCCUCCUUUCAAUGUUCAAGUGACAAACACUGACGGAUUCUACAACAUCACCUGGAACUAUGACCCACCUGAAGACUGUCUCACUUACACUGUCCGCAUAAGAGAAAGCAAAGACUUGUCAAAGGAUCCAGCUUAUUCCCUGUUAGUGGAACAAAAGCACAUUCUUUUAGACCCUAAGAAGCUGCAACCGCGUGUCAACUAUACGGUGGAUGUUCAGGGCAAAUACUGUCCUGGGUUUCUCUAUGCGGGUCCAUGGAGUGAGUGGAGUUCCACUGCAGAAUGGAGGACUACAGGAACUUCUGCAGAGAUUGAAGGAAGUAAGGGAUUUUGGUGGUGCGUGCCCAUUUUGCCUGUUGUGCUCCUUGUCCUUGCUCUCCUGUUGCUGGGUUAUUUACAAAAAACGUACUGGCAGAAAAAAUUCCAGCUGAUUACAUACAUCCCCAGGGCAAAUGAUUUUUUCAAGCCCCUUUACCACAACUAUGGAGGGAACUUCAAGGAGUGGGUGAAGCCUGUAUUCAGCGAGUAUGAUUACCUGAAGAUCAACUCGCAUGUUCAGAUGAUGAGUGAGAAGCAGCACGACGUCCUCCAAUGGGACAAUGAGAAACAAAGCUGCAGCAAGGAUAACCAGAUGAAGCAAGGUGGCAAUUUCCUCCAUAUGCUGCAGUCUCACAGCAACUCGCUGCUGCUGUUCCAGGAUGGUGGCAGUUUACAGGGCACCGGUCACUCUACCGGACACAUCUCCAUCCAUACUGUUACCCUGUCUGGAGAAGAAGAGCUUGAGGACGAAGUCGUGUCACAAAGCUCUGUUAACACCCUCAGAAGUUACCAAGAUGGAGAAAGCUUUGGUUCAUUUGAAAAAGACAACAGAGAACACGCUGGCUAUGAUUUAGAGGAACCUCAGAUGUCCAGGAUGGACAGACAAAGUGGAAGAUUAUCACAUCAUGAAAACCAAAUAUCCAAUGGCUUAUCAGUGGAACGUAUAAACUUUCAGCCACGUGUCCAGCUUAAUGAACCAGAGAGGGUAUCACUUGACUCAUUCGCCUCAAAUGAGCAGUCAGAAGACGGCUACCCUCACGUGGACUUGGACACCAUGGACAGUGGUUUUGGAGAGUGCAGCAGCCCUGGAGCCUCAGACUCAAACAUUGCAGAACAGAUAGAUUCAAAUUUAUUUCAUGAGCACAAAAGCUCAAAUUCUAACUACGUCAAGCAGUGGAUGAUAUGUAGCACUAUUAAUGAAGACUCCAGCAACUCAGAGAACAAACUCCACGAAACACAGUGAUUACCGCUGCUGGUGUAUUGCCACAAUCACAGUUUGUAGUGCUGUGGGACACACAUUUCAAAGAUGGAUGUUAUUGUUGACAUUUCCAGAAAAUGUACUUUGAUUAAAAGUUAAAUGGAAGUAUCUGCUCAGUACAUAAUCCUGAAUAUAAUGUCCAUCUUGAAAUGUUUUAGUUGUGCACUUUGUACUAUGUAUAUAGUCAGAUAUUUUUGUAUUUAAAACAAACAUUUGUUAUUGUGUUUGUGUUUGUAUUUGUUUUUAAAAGACGAUUGAAUGAGAGAGGAGAGAUUUGGUUGAAGAGAGAGAUGGAUGACAUGGAGAACACCAACGUAAUGCUUGUAUUUUUCAGUGUUGAAUUAUAUUAAGGACAUCAAUUAUUAAUGGAUCAUUUAAAGACAGAAAAGGGAAAUGGAAUAAAAAAUCACAUGUUAUGAUCUUUUCAUUCUUUAGUUUUUUUUAUAUUUGAAUGCUAAUUGAAUUAAUCAACUUAAAUUUAAAACUUUUUUUAAUGUAUCAAAUUAUUAAUAGAUCAUAAUAAUGCACCGAGAAAGGCUAUAGUAUUUAGAUGGGCCACUCCAGACUCCAUUGACAUUCAACAUGGGACAAAAUGUUGCAUAUUGCUUUGAUUUACACUGCCGGAGGAUGCUUUUUGCCAUUUAUAUCACUAUAUACGGUACACAGCGUCAUAUUAUCGUGGUGUACAUGCUUGAUUAGCUUGUACUGUCACACCAGCAUGCACACUGCAUUAUCAAGAUUUCUGAUAAUGUCUGCUUUCCUUGCACAUGCAUUUUGUCGGUAACCACUGUAACCAUCCGUUCUGUUUUGUGCAAUGUCAGUAAAAAGAGCAAACUUGGAGCAACUUAUUAUCAUCUGUAAACAAUCAUUUCUCUGGUCUUGACCUCAUUCAUUGGAGGAAAGUGGAGAAACAUACUACAAGGAUAAACACUGACAAAAAUU